AUGGUUGAGAUCGGUAAUGGUCCAGGAAGUGGGGAUUUACCAGUUUCUGAACAGCACGACGCCAUGUUUCGAACGAUUCAAUCGAUUGUUAAUGCUCCUCAGAAGAUGAUAUAUUUGUCUGCGCGCACGUUAAUGCUACAAGAACAUCAUGGAAUGGCAAUUCUUCAGAAGGAAAACAUUAAUGUUCCUCCAUUUGGCGUCGCAAAAACAGCGGAGGAAGCUAGAGCGCAAGCAGAACGAAUAGGUGGCAAAGACUAUGUGAUAAAAGCCCAAGUUUUGGCUGGUGGCCGAGGAAAAGGACGGUUCGAUUCAGGUCUCCAAGGAGGAGUGCAAGUUGUUUUCACACCAGAUGAAGCAAUGGAGAAGGCAAAGAUGAUGAUUGGAUCCAAUCUAAUCACGAAACAAACCGACCACCGUGGAAAGCUUUGCGAGGAGGUACGGAAGUGUAAGAGUUGUUGA